GAGAGGGGAGGAGCCACACUGUGAUGCAAGUACAUGAGAACAGGGAGGAAACACUGAAACUGAAAGUGUUCAGUCAGCUCAGAGUCAGACUCCAUUUUGAGUAAACGGCACAGAGGGGUGACAACUAAAGACUGAACCAGGACUGACUUCAGGUCAGAAGAUGAGUGAUUGUGGGGAGGAAGAGGAGGACAGAGAGUCUCUAGUCUCUGGCUGUCUGUCUAUGAAGAGUGACCGGUCUAAAGGUAUUCCUCCAAAGUUCAGUAAUGAACCUGGACCCUCAGAGUCAAAACCGAGAGCAGAGUCUCCAGUACCCAGCUGUCUGUCUGUGAAGAGUGACUGGUCCAUGGGUUAUCCUCCACACUUCAGUAAUGAACCUGGACCCUCAAACACAAAAGUUCAGUACAGACCGAGAGCAGAGUCUCCAGUACCCAGCUGUCUGUCUGUGAAGAGUGACUGGUCCAUGGGUUAUCCUCCACACUUCAGUAAUGAACCUGGACCCUCAGACACGAAGAAGAGGAAGAGGAGUGAUGUUUCUGUGGUGGAGCAGCUGUCCUGCUGUGCUUUGUGUCAGGUCGUCCUGAAGGAUCCACUCUCUACCAGCUGUGGACAUUGGUUCUGCAGACAGUGCAUCACCUCAUACUGAGACCAGUCUGCUUCAUCAGGAGUCUCCUCCUGUCCCCAGUGUGGAGAAAGAUCCAGAACAAGAGCUGGACUGCAGACAGCCGGCCAGACCAGAACUGAACCUUUUACAGAUAGAGGUCUGCAGGAGGUUUUAGAUGAACAUAAGAUCAGUCUGAAGAAGAGAUGUGAAUGUGUGACUGAAGGAACUGAUGAAACAGGAAGUGGAACCCUCCUCAACAGGAUCUACACUGAGCUCUACAUCACAGAGGGACAGAGUGAAGAGGUUAAUACCCAACAUGAGGUGAGGCAACUUGAGACAGCUUCCAAGAUAAACAACCUCCAUGACACUCCAAUCAAGUGCCAGGACAUCUUUAAAGCCUUACCUGACCAACUGGGAGACAUCAGAGUCGUUCUGACGAACGGCGUCGCUGGUGUUGGAAAAACCUUCUCAGUGCAGAAGUUCACUCUGGACUGGGCAGAGGGCUUGGAAAACCAAGAUGUCAGUCUGGUGGUUCUGCUUUCGUUCAGGGAGCUGAACUUGAUCAGAGAUGAGCAGUACAGUCUUCUCAUGCUGCUCCAUGUUUUCCAUCCAACAUUACAGAAGGUCACAGCAGAGAAGCUCGCUGUCUGUAAAGUUCUGUUCAUCUUUGACGGCCUGGAUGAAAGCAGACUUUCACUGGAUUUCCACAACAACAAGGUUGUGUCUGAUGUCACCCAGAAGUCAUCAGUCAACGUGCUGUUGACAAACCUCAUCCAGGGGAAUCUGCUUCCCUCAGCUCUCGUCUGGAUAACUUCCCGACCUGCAGCAGCCAAUCACAUCCCUCCUGCAUGUGUUGACAGGGUAACAGAAGUACGAGGGUUCACUGACGCCCAGAAGGAGGAGUACUUCAGGAGGAGAGUCAGUGAUGAAGAGCUGUCCAGCAGAAUCAUCUCACACAUCAAGACAUCCAGGAGCCUCAACAUCAUGUGUCUAAUCCCAGUCUUCUGCUGGAUCACUGCUACAGUUUUGGACCAAAUGUUGACUACAGACCAGAGAGGAGAGCUGCCCAAGACCCUGACUGACAUGUACUCACACUUCCUGGUGGUUCAGACAAAGAGGAAGAAGCAGAAGUAUGGUGAGGGACAUGAGACGAGUCCACAGGAGCUGACAAAGGCUGACAGGGAAGUUCUUCUGAAAUUGGGGAGGCUGGCGUUUGAACAUCUGGAGAAAGGAGACAUCAUGUUUUACCAAGAAGACCUGGAGCGGUGUGGUUUUGAUGUCACAGAGGCCUUGGUGUACUCAGGAGUUUGUACAGAGAUCUUCAAAAGAGAGUGUGUGAUCUUCCAGAAAACAGUCUACUGCUUUGUUCACCUGAGCAUUCAGGAGUUUCUGGCUGCAGUCUACAUGUUCCACUGUUACAUAAACAGGAACACAGAGGUACUGGAGGACUUCCUGGGAAAAAAAUAUGUUCAUUCAACCCUGGAUGUCUUCCUGAAGAGAGCCAUGGAGAAAUCCCUUGAAAGUAAAAAUGGCCACCUGGACCUGUUUGUUCGCUUCCUUCAAGGCCUCUCUCUGGAGUCCAACCAGAGACUCUUAAGAGGUCUACUGGGUCGGACAGACAACAAUCCAGAAAUCAUCCAGAGGGCCAUUAAAAACCUGAAGGAGAUGAACAUGGAUGAUACCAAAAUCUCUACUGACAGAAGCAUCAACAUCUUCCACUGUCUGAUGGAGAUGAACGACCACUCGGUACAUCAGGAGAUCCAAGAGUUCCUGAAGUCAGAGAACAGAUCAGAGAAGAAACUCUCAGAGAUCCACUGCUCAGCUCUGGCCUACAUGCUGCAGAUAUCAGAGGAGGUUCUGGAUGAGUUGGACCUGAACAAGUACAACACAUCACUAGAGGGACGACGGAGACUGAUUCCAGCUGUGAGGAAUUGCAGAAAAGCAGAACUUUCUGGUUGUUGGAUCUCAGAUACUCACUGUGAAGUCAUGGCCUCAGCUCUGAAGUCCAACCCCUCCCAUCUGAGAGAGCUGCACCUGAGUGACAACAACACCCUGAAGGAUUCAGGAGUGAAGCUGCUGUCUGCUGGACUGGAGAGUCCAAACUGUAGACUGGAGACUCUGAGAUUGUCGAUCUGCAGUUUGACAGAGAUCAGCUGUGCUUCUCUGGCCUCAGCUCUGAAGUCCAGCCCCUCCCAUCUGAGAGAGCUGGAUCUGAGCCUCAACGAGCUGCAGGAUUCAGGAGUGAAGCUGCUGUCUGGUUUUGUGGAGAGUCAACACUGUAGACUGGAGACUCUGAGAUUGAUUUACUGCAGUUUGUCAGAGAUCAGCUGUGCUUCUCUGGCCUCAGCUCUAAAGUCCAACCCCUCCCAUCUGAGAGAGCUGAUGCUGGGUGGAAACAACCUGCAGGAUUCAGAUGUGAAGCACCUGUCUGAUCUUGUGGAGAGUCCACACUGUAGACUGGAGACUCUGAGAUGGUGGUGAUCUCUGUCAGAGUGAGGGAUCAGAAAAGUGGAUGUGUUGAGAGGAUCAGCUGUGUCCUGAUGAUCCACAGAGGUUCACCACCUGGACCUGGAUCUGAUUUUGUCUUGGUUUUUUUUGUUCAUUCAUAUAUUCUGAACCCAAAAUGCCUCUGAGGAUUAGUUCAGUUUAUGACAACAUAACUGUAGAUUAACACAUUUAGAUAGAACUUUCUGCUUUGCUUUGUGGUGCAGCUCCACCCUGUGGAACCAUGGAGUUUUGCUGUUUAUUUCCACACAUUUCUAAAUAACAGUGGAAGUUAAUAAAGUUACUCUAUUAAAACCAAGCCCUCAGGAAGAGCGCAGGGCUUUGAUGCCAACGUUCGUAGCGGUCAAAGGGUGGUAUUACAAGUUCCGUGUCCUUCACGUGAUGCCAUUGGGCCCAAAAAUACUUUUUCCCAUAGUCUUACAUUGGGAAAGAGACGUCUGUAACUCAGAGGAUAAUUCUUUUUUGAGGAAAAUCAACUUCACAGUACGACUAUCUAAUAGCCCUUAUUUAAAUCAUUAGGUCCUAAAAGUUGUAAAAUGCACUAAUAGCUGAAACCAGAGUUAUUUACCUUCCUCGUUCAUGUGAAUAAGACCCAGACCGAGGCUGGAGCAAGGGCUGGGAGGAGGAGUUAAAGGAAACACUACUGCGCCUGCUCUAUGGGCCCAAUGAAUGAGCAACUGCAACUCUCAUAGGAAUGAACGGGAGCCUCUGACGCUGUAUCUAGAUCUCUUUAUACAUCCAUGAUUAAAACCAAUACCAGCCAUUUUUCAUAUUAUCAAAGAUAAAUAUUUGCUUGUAACAAACAGAAAGAAUCAGAUCAAAUCUGAAUUCAGUCAAGGCUUCACUUAAGUUCCUCAACUGACUACAAACACAUGAUGUCUGGAUUUUGGUGUAAAGUCAGCACCUUCAUAUUGUAUAUAACGUUUGAUGUAAAAUAAACAAACAGAACUGAUUAACAUCUAGAUUUUAUAUUCACUAAUCAUGUACAUACAGGAAAAUUCCACUUUCAUGUGUGACUCUGCUAGUUCUCACGUUACAUGACUGAACACAGACACAUAAAGUCGCCCAUGGAGCUUUUUCCCCUCAGAAAUCCGUGUUGAAGCAGUCGUUCUCACCACCGUUCAUGUUCUGUUGUUCCUGCUGGAGCUGCUUUCUGCCAACAGAUGUCACCGUUCCCUCUGUUUUACCACAAAGGAGGUUUAUCUGAAUGGAUGCAGUGAACACUGAACUGAUGAUUUGAAUGCUUUCUUCCUGACUGACUUGGUUUUGUAAAGGUUAAGUGUCAUCAUAAUGUAGUAAAACUUGAUUUAUAAUGAUGGAAACUGGAUUUGAAAUUAAACUCAGCAAACAAGUUGCACAAGUCUUUGCUCUUUUUUUGUAAAACGUUCACACCUUUUGUAUGAUAUUGGAAUUGAAUAUUUGAAGAAACAUCAAUAUAAAGAAAUGUAACUCAUAUGAUAAUAUAAUACAUUUUAAAAUUGUGCUUCACAUUGCACUAAUUAAGCAAUAAAGAUGUCAUUUCUGGCUA